GCCACUUCUGGUUACUUGAAAUGCUUCUUUGCAGAUGUCCCAAGUAUCUUUUUGCACAAUGACGUUUACCUGAAAUAAGCUUUGCACUUUUGCCAAGUUAUAGACUUGUGUACCAGAGAACCUUCCUACUAGAGUUUAUGGAUUGCAGUGCCCACCCUGGACCAUCUAUCUUUGCUGGUGGAUUUUUAUUUUUUUGUCAGUGGACAGUUUUGGGGAGGCAUAUCUAUUUUUGUAGGAUUUGGGCUCAGAGAUAAUUGGAGCUGGAGCCUCGGGUGAUUUGCAUGCCCAGAGAUCAGUGCCCCACUUGGGGCGACACUGGCCUACCAUGGGGAUCCAGGGCAUGGAACUGUGUGCAAUUGCAGUGGUUAUUGUACUUUUUGUAACUGUUCUCAAACAGUUUGGGAUACUGGAACCUAUGUCCAUGGAAGAUAGCAGUGAGUGUGACUUGGAGCUCUCCACUGUACGUCACCAGCCAGAAGGACUAGAACAACUCCAGUCUGUCACCAAAUUCACGAAGAAGGAGCUACAGUCCUUGUACAGAGGUUUCAAAAAUGAGUGCCCUAGUGGUUUGGUUGAUGAAGACACAUUCAAGCUAAUUUACGCACAGUUCUUUCCACAGGGAGAUGCCUCCAUGUAUGCACACUUCCUUUUUAACGCCUUCGACCUAGAUAGGACUGGCGCCAUCCGAUUUGAGGAUUUUGUUGUUGGGUUGUCCAUCUUGCUUCGGGGGACUGUCCACGAAAAGUUAAAAUGGGCCUUCAACCUGUAUGAUAUUAAUAAGGAUGGGUACAUUACUAAGGAGGAGAUGCUGGCUAUAAUGAAAUCUAUUUAUGAUAUGAUGGGACGUUAUACUUAUCCCAUGCUUAGGGAAGAUGCCCCCAUAGAGCACGUGGAGAGGUUCUUCCAGAAGAUGGACCGGAAUCAUGAUGGAGUAGUGACCAUUGAUGAGUUUCUGGAGACCUGUCAAAAGGAUGAGAAUAUUAUGAUGUCCAUGCAGUUAUUUGAGAACGUCAUUUAGAAGAGAAUAUGAAAAUCUGCUCAUGCCAGCACUAGAAAGGACCCACCCACUACAGUGUCUCCAAACACAGAUCACAAGCACCACCUUUUCCUUGUGUCACAAACAAUUGACGGAUGGUGUUGUAAUCGCUCUCCCAGGGAACUGAGGAUCCUUCUUACUGCCUGCCUGUUUGCACUGAUUCAUGCUCCUCACCACAACAAGCUCACCUUUAUAAGGACUGUUUUAUAUCAUUAUUAACAUAGAGAAAAAGAAGCACAUUUAUCACUGCAAGGGCCAGGAUUCUCAAUCAGGGAUUUUUACAGAAAGCCGCUCUUGCCUGAUUUCCCAUCCUUUAGAACCUUUUACGGAAGAAGAAAAUCACUCCCCCCAAUGGCUGGAUGAACAAGCAUGAAGUUGGGGGGGGGGGUUGUUUGGUUUUUUAAAUAAUUGUACAUCUUGUUCUCAGAGUUGUGCUGUCGUCUGGUCUUCCUGGUAACCUGCCAAAUUUCCCACCAAAGCUGUGCACACAGAAUAUCCUAUAUAAUAAAUGUCUAUAUUCCCA